AUGAGCGCAAUCAAAUCAUUCAAACCAUUAUUCGAUAAGGUAUUGAUUCAAAGAAUCGUAAAGACAGAGUCAAAGACUGCAGGUGGUAUCUAUCUCCCAACCUCUGUAUCGAACAAGAUCAACGAAGCACUCGUCAUUGAAGUUGGUACUGGAAGAAGAUCAAAUGCUACUGGUGCAUUCUUACCAACCCUCCUUAAAAAGGGAGAUCGUGUAUUAUUGGGUGAGACCAAAGGUGAAAAGAUCAACGUCAAUGGUGUUGACUGUGAAAUCUUGCACGAAGCUGAAAUCCUUGGUUUAAUGGAAUAA